AUGGCACAGAGGGAUCUCCCCCGGCUCCUCACGGAUUUCCCUGUCCCUGCAGUGCCGCAGCCCCCCACGAUCACCAAGCAAUCCAUCAAGGAUUACAUCGUGGAUCCCAGGGAUAACAUCUUCAUCGAAUGUGAAGGCAAAGGCAAUCCCUUUCCCACGGAUGGAUUUGAGGAAUCUCCGCUGUGGCCCAAGGAGAAGGUGGAUGUGAUCGAGGUGGACGAGGGGGCCCCGCUGAGCCUGCAGUGCAAUCCCCCGCCCGGCCUCCCCGAGCCCGUCAUCUUCUGGAUGAGCAGCUCCAUGGAGCCGAUCCCGCAGGACAAGCGCGUGUCCCAGGGCCACAACGGGGACCUCUACUUCUCCAACGUGCUGGCCCAGGACGCGCUGACCGACUACAGCUGCAACGCCCGCUUCCACUUCACCCACACCAUCCAGCAAAAGAACCCCUUCACCCUCAAGGUCAAAACCAAGAAGUCCCAUAACGAAACGUCUUUAGGAAAUUCCCCCGCCAUGUACCGCGCCCGAGGGAUCACGGAAACCACUCCCAGCUUCAUGUAUCCCUACGGGACUUCCAGCAGCCAGAUGGUGCUCCGAGGGGUGGAUCUCCUGCUGGAAUGCAUCGCCUCCGGAGUACCAGCACCGGACAUCAUGUGGUACAAGAAAGGCGGAGAGCUCCCGGUGGGCAAAACCAAACUGGAGAACUUCAACAAGGCCCUGCGCAUCUCCAACGUGUCCGAGGAGGACUCCGGGGAAUAUUUCUGCCUGGCCUCCAACAAGAUGGGCAGCAUCCGCCACACGAUCUCGGUGAGAGUGAAGGCUGCUCCCUACUGGCUGGAUCAGCCGGAGAACCUGAUCCUGGCCCCCGGCGAGGACGGCAGGCUCGUGUGCCGGGCCAACGGGAACCCCAAACCCUCCAUCCAGUGGCUGGUGAACGGAGAGCCCAUCGAAUCGUCUCCCCCCAACCCGAGCCGGGAGGUGGCCGGGGACACCAUCGUGUUCCGGGACACGCAGAUCGGCAGCAGCGCCGUGUACCAGUGCAACGCGUCCAACGAGCACGGCUACCUGCUGGCCAACGCCUUCGUCAGCGUGCUGGAUGUUUCCCCCCGGAUCCUGGCCCCCCGGAACCAGCUGAUCAGGGUGAUCCAGAACAACAGGACCCGCCUGGAUUGUCCCUUUUUCGGGUCCCCCAUCCCCACCCUGCGCUGGUUUAAGAACGGCCAGGGGAACACGCUGGAUGGAGGCAACUACAAAGCCCACGAGAACGGGAGCUUGGAGAUGCUCAUGGCUCGGAAGGAGGACCAGGGGAUCUACACCUGCGUGGCCACCAACAUCCUGGGCAAAGCUGAGGCCCAGGUCCGCCUGGAGGUCAAAGACCCCACCAGGAUCGUGAGGGGCCCCGAGGACCAGGUGGUCAAGAGGGGCACCAUACCCCGGCUCCACUGCCGCGUCAAGCACGACCCCACGCUCCGGCUCAUGGUCACCUGGCUCAAGGACGAUGCCCCCCUGUACCUGGGGAACAGGAUGAAGAAGGAAGAGGAUGGUCUGACGAUCUUUGGAGUGACUGAGAAGGACCAGGGCGAUUACACGUGCGUGGCCAGCACGGAGCUGGACCAGGAUGCUGCCAGGGCCUAUCUCACCGUGCUGGCCAUCCCUGCUAAUCGGUUGAGAGAUUUACCCAAAGAACGACCCGACCGGCCCCGCGACUUGGAGCUGACGGAUCUGGCCGAGAGGAGCGUGCGGCUGACGUGGAUCCCUGGCGAUGACAACAACAGCCCCAUCACAGACUACAUCGUCCAGUUCGAGGAGGACCGAAUCCAGCCGGGGGUGUGGCACAACCACUCCAGGUAUCCCGGGAGCGUCAACUCGGCCGAGCUGAGCCUCUCCCCGUACGUGAAUUACCAAUUCCGCGUCAUCGCCGUCAACGACGUGGGCAGCAGCGUGCCCAGCCUGCCCUCCGAGCGCUACCAGACCAACGGGGCACGUCCUGAGAUAAAUCCAACGGGAGUUCAAGGGGCGGGGACCCAAAAAAACAACAUGGAGAUAACGUGGACACCUCUGAACGCCACGCAGGCCUACGGGCCCAACCUGAGGUACAUCGUGAGGUGGCGGCGGCGUGACCCUCGUGGGAGCUGGCACAACGAGACGGUGCGGGGCGCGCGGCACGUGGUGUGGAACACGCCGGUCUACGUCCCCUACGAGAUCAAGGUGCAGGCCGAGAACGACUUCGGCAGAGCCCCCGAGCCCGACACCUACAUCGGAUAUUCCGGGGAGGAUUAUCCCAAGGCUGCGCCCACGGAUGUCAGGAUCAGGGUUUUAAACAGCACAGCCAUAGCUCUGACCUGGACCCGGGUGCACCUGGACACCAUCCAGGGACAGCUCAAGGAGUACCGAGCCUAUUUCUGGAGAGACAGCAGCUUGCUGAAGAACCUGUGGGUCUCCAAAAAACGGCAGUUUGUGAGUUUUCCUGGGGACCGCAACCGGGGCACCGUGUCCCGGCUGUUCCCUUACAGCAACUACAAACUGGAGAUGGUGGUGACCAACGGGCGUGGGGACGGGCCCCGCAGCGAGAUGAAGGAAUUCCCCACCCCUGAAGGAGUGCCCAGCUCCCCCAGGUACCUGCGGAUCCGACAGCCCAACCUGGAAAUCAUCAACCUGGAGUGGGACCACCCCGAGCAUCCCAACGGGAUCAUCACGGGAUACACGCUCCGAUACCAGCCCUUUAACGGGUCCCGGACGGGCCGGACAGUGGUGGAGAACCUGUCCCCGAACCAGACGAGGUUCACCCUGCAGAGGUCAGACCCCAUCUCCCGCUAUCGCUUCGUGCUCCGCGCCCGCACCCAGGUGGGAGAGGGCGAGGCCCUGGUGGAGGAGUCGCCGGCGCUGCUGGAUGAAGCCACGCCAAGCCCAGAGGCAAUUGAGCCGCCUCCAACCGCAGUGGAGGAAACCAGUCCUGAAACCACUCCUGAAACCACUCCUGAAACCACUCCUGAAACCAGUCCUACAACCAGUCCUACAACCAGUCCUACAACAGCCCCAACCACCACCGACACCACAACCACCACCACAACCACCACAACCACCACAAGCACCACAAGCACCACCAGCACCGCCGCCAGCACCGCCGCCAGCACCAGCGCCGCUGCCGAGAGGGCUCCGGCAGCCACCACCAGGCACGAGUUGGCCGCCAAUGGAUCGUCCAUAUGGGACAUCAGAGCCAUGGCAAACAGUAACUGGGCAAACAUCACCUGGAGCCACAAUUUCUCGGCAGGAACUGACUUUGUGGUUAAGUAUAUCACCAGUAACAAGACAGAGAAAUCAAUCCCCGUUAAGGCUCAGGGCCCGUCCUCGGUGCAGCUGGCGGAUCUGACGCCGGGGAUGAUGUACAAGCUGUGGGUGUUCCCCAUAUGGUCCCACCCCAGCGAGCACUCGUACAUUACCUUUACCACCAGCUCAGCCUACACCAAGAACCAGGUGGACAUCGCCACUCAGGGCUGGUUCAUCGGCCUCAUGUGCGCCAUCGCCCUCCUCGUCCUCAUCCUCCUCAUCGUCUGCUUCAUCAAGAGGAGCCGCGGCGGAAAGUACCCGGUGCGGGACAACAAGGACGAGCACCUCAAUCCCGAGGACAAGAACGUGGAGGACGGAUCCUUCGACUACAGCGAUGAAGACAACAAACCUCUUCCCAACAGCCAGACCUCGCUGGACGGGACGAUAAAGCAGCAGGAGAGCGACGACAGCUUGGUGGACUACGGAGAAGGGGGCGAGGGCCAGUUCAACGAGGACGGCUCCUUCAUCGGCCAGUACACGGUCAAGAAGGACAAAGAGGAGACCGAGGGCAACGAGAGCUCCGAGGCCACGUCCCCCGUCAAUGCCAUUUAUUCUUUGGCAUAGCAAAAAAAAA